GUGGACACCUGGUCACAUGGUCACCCUUCCAAACCGCGGCUGCAGUCGCGGCUGCUGCGGUGCUUUUUGGUAAUCUCGCAGAUCAUUUUCUUCAUAAGCGAAACGCGGAUAUAACUUGCGCUACACCGUGUGUUCAGUUUGCCUGGUGUGUCGCUGUACUGAAGAAAAAUGCCGGACCCUAUGAAUAUGCGCAACAACAACUCUGAAGACAGAAUUAAGAAGGAGCUAGAAAGGGUAGCUAGAGAGGAACUCAGAGAGACUGAGAGUAACAGGGUUCAAUGCUUACAAAGCCUUCGUGAAUGGGUGGAGCAAAAUGCUGAUAUUGAAAAUUGCCUGACAGACGACAAUUUCCUUCUACGAUUUCUGCGAGUCAAAAAAUACAGCAUACCAAUGGCUCAGCAGAUCCUGUUAAAGUAUUUGAACUAUAGGAAGAAGUUUCGUGAGAUAUUUUAUAACCUAGACUACAGAGAUCCAAAAAUCAACGAACUGAUAUCUAAAGGAUAUAUCUUUGUUAGCCCAUUUCGUGAUUCUAAGUGUAGAAGAGUAAUUAUAUACGACCUAAGUAAAUUUGAUGUGAGCAAGUUCAACGGAGUCGACUUAGCGAAGUCUCAUGCCAUUACUUACGAGACUUUGCUAGAUGAUGACGAGACUCAAAUCUUAGGAGUACACCACGUUGCAGAUGUUGAAACGAUCAGCCCUCAAUUCUUGACUUUGUUUACGAUAACUGAAUUUUCCUAUCUCAUCAAAUGGGGAGAGCAAUCAUUUCCAUUGAGGCACAAAGAAAUCAAUUUGCUCAACAUGCCGCUGGCAGUGAAGUAUGUCUACGAUUUCGCAAAAUCCAAUAUGAGCCAAAAAUUAAGGGAUCGAUUUACGGUAUAUCAUUCCAAGGACAGCAUGUUGGAGAAAGUGGACAGACACUGCCUUCCUAAAGAGUAUGGAGGCGACGUUCCAGCUAAAGAAAUGAUUGACUUGUGGAAAGUUGAGUUAGCUACGAAAAGAAAAAGACUUCUGUCAUUUGAUUGUAUGAGUCUGUUGAGUGACCAAGGAAUUAUGUGUAGGAAAAACCGACAAACUGAGGACAGUACAGGGAGCUUGCUAGGAAGCUUUCGGAAGCUUGAGUUAGAUUAGAGUAUUAGAAUGUUAAAAUUGACGUAUUCAAUUUCUUAAGUCACCUUUCAUGAUCGUAUUCAUUUAAUAUAAUCUAAUCAUAUUAGCAAAUUUCCCCGAAAUAACUGAAAAGUUUGAUUUUAUUGGUGCAAGUUGUUCAAAGGGAUAUUCAAAACAUGGACGCAUAAAAUAGGUACACCGAGUUUUGUUGGAAAACCUUUUAAUCGACAACAAAGAAUGGGGCCAUAUUACCGUGCAAAGUAUAUAGUAGAAACGAAUCUCUCAAAGUUUUACCUACAAAAACCACAUAUGUAAUACUGCCGUUCGGCUCCAGAGCACUCAUUGUGUGCCCACAUCGCAUAGCUUUGGCACUGAACCCAUAUUCCGCCCUGUCGGUCACCAGAGAAACGCCGGUCACAAAACAUACAAGUCGCAUCGAUGUUCUCAGAAACUGCCCCUUGCAAAGAUUCAUCAACAUCGGAGUCAUCAUCACUGCUUGGAAGAACAUCUUCAUCACUGUCAGAACUGCUGCUUGUACUAGAGGCUUUUCUGGAAACUUUUCCUUUUGACAAAAAGUUACGUCGAACUUGCUGUACACUGUUCACGCGACCCCGACCCCGUGCAGCUACUGCCACUGUAGUUCUCUUCACGGAUGCUUCUAAUUCCCUUAUGUAAGUUGAUAAUCUAAGUUCAGCGGCCGAUGAUGCUUUGCGUCCUCGAGUUGAAGCUUUUGUUUUGGGUUUCGGGAUAGGUGAUGUAUCAUGCGGUAAAACAAAAGAAGAUUCAGAAGCCGAAGAUCCGGGCUGAUCAUUGGGAUUCGUUUUUUCUACACGAUCAUUGAUUUUCGAUGGCCCAGGCUGUACAUCUGUUGCUAGUGGUUGUAUCACUGUAGAUGUUGCCGACUUGUUAUGUGGUGCUAUCGUUACAGCGAUAUACAGGGUUAGUUCAAAGGGCACUUUAUAGUAAAAUACACUAGUGUACCUUGCCGAUAUGAAUCACAAACCAGUCUGGAAGGUAAAUGUUAUUUUUCUGCAAAAAAAGGAUUGGUUACGUUUUUUCUUCUAAACAAAUUUAAACAUUUCGUAUUUGUAAGUACCUAAUUAGCAACAAAAGAUGUUCAAUUACUCACAAAUACGAAAUGUUUGAAUUUGUUUAGAAGAAAAAAACGUAACUUUUGUUUUUCGCAUAAAAAUAACAUUUAUCUUUCGGAAUGAUAUGUGAUUCAUAUCAGAAAGGCAAGCACGUGUAUUUUGCUAUUAGGAGCUCUUUGAAAGAACCCAGUAUAUUGCUCAAUAAACUAGUAGUGAUGGGCGGAUAACAGUGGUUUGGGAUAAACAACUAGAAAUUCUCAAAUAACUACUUUAGCAAUAUAAUCCAAUUCUACGGAUUUGAAGAAUUUCACAAGUGCCAAAACCUGCAUUUUGCCUCGCUUUUCGGCCAUAACAUUUUUGCCAUUAGUCGGAUCUUUUUACGUGUGGUUCAUUUUAUCUCAUAAAUAGCUAAAAACCUUAUAUGAAAAGUUUUUUCAUUCAACACGUUUUCUCAUUCUUUGUUGUCAAAUAAAAAGUUUUGUCACAAAAAUUGGUGUACUUAUUUUAUGCGUCCAUGUUUUGAACAACUUACAGCAAUAAAACCAUACUUUACAAUCAUUUCGGUGAAAUUUGUUAAUACGAUUAGACUAUUACACACUUAGUCAAUCAAAGCAAAAAAGUAUGUUGUUUCGAACUGAUUCUUAGGCUUUUGCCCAAAUAGUACUAACUAUUGAGCAUAAUCAAUGAGUUUCUAGUUUACUAGAAAUUGAGCUACUUAGUUUAAUUCGAAGUGGACUUCUCUCUCUUUGGAUAUUCGCUAUGGUGCCAUUCUCAACCUUUUGAUGAAAAACUCAUAUGGGAUUAAAACCUGAAAUUUCAGAAAGUUCGACUCAUUUUCUAUUAAAAAUCAUUAAGCUUGGAGGAAACGAGCACGCAGCAGACCAUAACAACUUUCUUUCUUUCUAUUGAUUGGCUCAUAACAUUAUUAAACUUGAUUCUUGCUUGUCAAUAGUAAGUUAUAUCUGUGUUGCAAAUAUCGAAAUAAUUAGGUAGGUAUAGAUUAAGUAUAAAAUGUUUGUUUUUCAUGCAUAUUUAUGAUUAUCUGCUGCGUUCUUUUUCUGUUACGGUGAUAGCAUUAUUUAUAAUUUCCAACAUUGUAUUUACACGAAAGAUUAUAGAUAUAUUAAUUUAAGUAGCCUUAAGAUAAGAUAAAGUUAUCAAUUUAGUACAUACAACUAUGUAGUAUUGUUUUUCAAAUCCGAAUAUGCUGUACCACCUCAUCAUCACAAAAAUGAUUUAAGUUAGUUCUAGUUAUAUGUCUUUCCCUUUUGUGUUUUUUGAGAUCUGUUUUCGUUUUUUUUUUCAUUACAUCUUUCUUAAAAUACUGUUAUUUUAAACUGCAGAGGUUGCCCCGAUUGUUCAAUAAUUAGUUAUUUCUUAGUAUUCCUAUUUUCCUUAUUUCAUCUUACACCUAUUUCGUGGUUGAGGAGGUAAAUAAUUCAUUGAAUUGAAUCAAAUGAUUUGGCGAAACAAUCGUGGCUAGGAAGCUCAGAAUUUAGGAAUAUAUGUCAUAACAGUUAACUAGAUUGUAAAAUACAAGGCAAUACAAGGUAAUUUGAUCAUAUUAGUAGCGAUUUUCACCAGUCGGGAUGGUUUAAGAUGAAUAAAUUGAGGAAACUGCAUUGCCUAUCUCUGGUACAUAAGACUUUUCUCCUCAAAGUGCCAUAUUAUCUUUAUUCAAAGCUAAAUCUCCUCUGUCAGUACAAUCAAAGAUCCUCUAGGAAUAAACGCAUCUUACUUAUCCCGCGGCAUUCGACAGCAUUGUUCACACGCAGUUUCUCGUACUGGGCACCCAAACUAAUAUAACUGCUUGUCAAGUGAGUAUAAAGAAUAUAGCCUAAGCAAUUUUAAAAAAAGGUUAAAGAUGAGUUUAAAGCAAUCGGAUGGCUAGAAUUUACGCAUAUCCACAGGUAAUUGAUUGUUUCCUUUUUCUGAGAAGUGUAAUAUUUUAAGAUUUUCUCUUUUUGGUGGUCAAUGUUGUGAACUGUUCCAUUUAAAUGUAGUUAUUUUUUUUCUUUAUAGUUUGUGUCAAUGUUUUUUUAGGUCGGGUUGAAAAACAGCAUAAGCUGACACUUCACCUUUUCGUCACUGUUCCUCUUGAGCCAAUUAUUUUGUAAUCAUGUGACGAAUAAAGGCCAUUUAUUAUUAUUAUUAUUAUUAUUAUUAUUAUUAUUAUUAUUAUUGAUGUACCGUAUAUAGUCGAAAUCAUGAAAUAUGACAAUUACGUCAUCAUUUUAGUCUGUGGUAAAGACAAACGACAGCGAUUUGUGAAUAUAUUUAAUGAAGUUUCUGAUAUGUUAGACAGAGACAGACAGAAUUUUAUUGUCUAAACAAACUGUGUUGCUAAUUUGCAUGUAUCCGACAAAGAUAGACGAUGUUUUCAUGUUACAUGAUCGAUCAUAUUUGAAAGAUGAAUAGUUAGGUUAUGUUAAAGCAGGUUAUGUUGUUUUCGGAUAAUACUUUCGUCUGUGGUGUUCCUGUCUUAAGGUAUUCUACUCAUAACUGUUUUUUUUUUCAAAAGAAAAACUCCCCACUAAAAUUAUUAUUAAGGUAUCACUCAAAACCAUGAAAUGAAAUGAAAAUAAAAAUAAUCGGUGAAGUAACCUAACUUCGCAAAAUCAUAAUAUAAAUUUGUUGUCAUUAUGACGUAAUAGUCAUCUUUCGUGAUUUUGACUAUAGCUACUUGGUUUAGAUUGAACCAUGGGCGCCCACAAGAUUUUUUCGCAGGUGCCGAUCAUCGGAGAGAGAUAAAUUUUUGUGAUAAUAUACUUGUCCCCAAAGCUUUUUGAUGAGCUAGAACUGUUCAGUCAAAUCCUAAGAAUCCUCAAAAUUUUACAAAAAGUCAUGCUAAAUAUUCAACUUUGAUGGUUCAAGCGUAUUCCAGGCCUGCCCUGUGGGCGCCCAUGGGUUGAACACAACAACCUUCUGUUCAUGAUGUAUCUCCAUGUGUAUUAUAAUGGCCUGAAUAAAAUAAACCUUUUUUA